AUGCCGCAGAACGAGCACAUCGAACUUCACCAGAAGCGCUAUGGCUACCGGCUGGACCACCAUGAGCGCAAGAGGAAGAAGGAGGCGCGCGCCGCGAAGGAGCGGUCGAGGAAGGCGCGGAGGCUGAUCGGGCUGCCGGGCAAGCUGUAUGCUCAGAAGCUGCACAAGGAGAAGAUACUCAUGAAGAAGACGAUCGCCAUGCACGAGGAGAAGGACAAGAAGAGGAGGCUGGACGAUGGGCAGCCGCAGAAUGCGGUGCCGGCGUAUCUUCUGGAGCGUGACCAGGCAGAUCGUGCCAAGGUGCUCAGCAACACAAUCAAGCAGAAGCGCAAGGAAAAAGCGGGAAAAUGGGAAGUGCCACUUCCCAAGGUGCGGCCCAUUUCCGAACAAGAGAUGUUCAGCGUCAUCCACACAGGCAAGAGGAGGAAAAAGCAGUGGAAGCGCAUGAUAACGAAGGUCACGUUCGUUGGCCCUUCCUUCACGCGGAAGCCUCCAAAAUAUGAGCGCUUCAUUCAGCCCACUGGACUCCGAAUGAAGAAAGCGCAUGUGACACAUCCCGAACUACAAGCUACCUUUUGUUUGGACAUCAUUGGGAUAAAGAAGAACCCCAAUGGGCCCAUGUACACGUCAUUGGGCGUCGUAACCAAAGGGACGAUCAUUGAGGUGAACGUUAGUGAGCUAGGUCUGGUCACUCCAGGAGGCAAGGUUGUGUGGGGAAAGUACGCGCAAGUCACCAACAACCCGGAGAAUGAUGGUUGUAUUAAUGCAGUGUUGCUGGUGUGA